GGCAAAGGAUAUGACUGAAUAAGAAAAACUCACACAGCAAGAAGAAAUACCUGCAGCGAUGUGUGAAAGGUGCCGCUUUCCUCACAGCUUCUGCCCGCUGCUGUUGUACAAGCUGCAGGAAAAAAAAAAAAAGGGAGGACGCGGCAGAGUCUCGACGACUUCCAGCAGAGCCCGAGCGGAGCCGAGAGCCCUUCCCGCGGCUCGGCUGGUGCAGGCGAGUCUCCUGGAGAUGACGAUGUUGAAGCUCUUUGGAAUCGUCUUUUUCUGUGGCCUCCUCUCACCCUCUCAGGAAGUCUUGUCCGGACUGUCUUGUGCCGUCAGUCCAGGGGCAAUGCAGAACGUGCUCUCGGAUGCCAUUCUCCAGAACGGGCUUCUCCAGCAGCACCUGCAGGGCCUCGUGCUCCCAAACAUCCUGGGUGAAGGGGGUCUGCUGAACUCUCCCACCAGCAUCACCGGCCUACACCUUGUCAAGGUUUGGCUUCCCAAGCUGUCGGUGGUGCUGCUGCCAGGAAUCGGGGUCCAGCUGACCAUCACUGCCAAGCUGGAGCUCAGCGGCAACUGCUUGGUUGGCCUUCUUUCAGAACUAAUUGAUAUCUUAGUGGAUGUGAACAUUACUGCAAACAUUAAAUGCACGAAUUUUGAGUCGGGCACAGUGCAGGUCGUCAUUGAAGACUGCCUCUGCAUUCUUGGUGCCAUAAAGAUCAAGGUCCUUUCUGGCUUGCUGUCCCUAUCAGUAAAUGAGAUAGUGCUUAACCAGCUGACAGCAACUCUGCCCGGUCUGCUGUGUCCGGUGAUCGGGAUCGUCGUCAACCUCGUGAACAUCCAGCUCCUGGGCACCCUCAACGCGGUGAUCCCGGUGGGUACAGCAGGCACGAUUCACUACCAGCUGGCCAGCCUCCCGUUUACCUCGGGCUUGUUCCUUGGGUUGGAUUUAGACGGUGCGGUGAAGCAGGUGGGAGGCAGCAUCAUCCCCCACGACUCGUCCGCCUCUGCUCUGCCUCCGCUGCUGGACAGGCUUCUGCUCUUGGGACUGCGCCAGAGCUUCCUCACCGCCGCCCUGUCCCUCCUGAUCCAGAUACCGCCGCAGAACUUCACCUGCACGUCGGAAGUCUUCUCCGGCGCCAGUCACCUGCAGGAAGCCAUCGCCACCCUCCUUCCUGCUGGGUGCUCCGCCUGCCCCAGAACCAGUCCUCUGAGCAUUAAGCUAACAUUGUCCGGGAACCCACACAUCCUCUUGGAAGAAAACAAAGCCACCGUGGAGCUUUCAGUCAUGAUCCAGGUGUUCGUUAGGCAUUUGGAUGGCUCCAUCCUCAACCUGCUGCUGCUGAAAGCUGACCUCGGUCUGAACGCCCGCGUGUCGAUGGCUGGGGGCAGACUGGUGCUGGGGCUGUCCCUGGGCAGCACUUCCCUCUCCUUGGAGUCUUCCGACGUUGGCAUCAGUAACAUCUCCGACCUGGAGCCGCACUGCAGCAGCCUGCUGGCCGAAACGCUGCUGCCCCUGAUCAACGGCGCUCUGGGCAUCGGGAUCCCGCUGCCAAACGUGCUGGGCAUUCCCCUGGUAGAGGUGGAUAUUCGGAUAUUAGCGGGCCUGCUGGUGAUUCUUGUGUGAGCUGGGGAGCACAAGGCACGGAGGGAUCUUUCUGGGCAUGGAGAGAGGAAGAAAGACCAGCGAGGAUGGAACGAUGAGACCAGCAAUAUCUACUUUUCUUUUCUAAACUUGAUUCAAGAUUCUUGAUAACGUUUAAGACACUUUAAGGUUAAUUGGCUCGUGCGAGUACUAAGAUACUCGUAUAAGCCAAACCCCAAUAGGCAGCUCUGUGUACAAAUAUUUAUUUAGAGAAAUUAGCAUGAUUUUGGGGUCACAGUUAUAGGAGUUGCACGUGAUGCUGCAGUGGAAUUGUUAACUUUGUUCUGAGGGAAAAUUGUUCUUGAUGUAAUGAAAAAUUGCAAACAGCUUUCUAAGUGAAUGUCACCAUCCACGUUCAGAAGGGUAUGAAGUGCUGAGCAGGAGCUCAGGAUACAUUUGUCAUGUAACUCUUUUAAUAAACAUUCCUGCUUUUUUAGUGCUUGGAA